GUUUUAAUCAAUAAAUUAAUUGUAAGAAAAAAAAAUAAUAAAAAAACAUUUUUUUUAAGUCAAAUGGCAUAGCAUUUGAUUGGCCAUCAAAUCAUCGGUAAAAUACCCGAAAAAUAAAUAACUUUUAGUCCGCGAUCGUCGGGUCAGUCAGUCAGUGAUUGAUUGAUUGAUUGAGGAUGUCGUCGGUGACCUGCGGUAACUGCGGGUCGACUGAUGUCGAGUUUGAGUCGUCCCGCGGCGACACAUACUGUACGGCAUGCGGUUUCGUCAUCGACCAGAACUGUAUCGUAUCGGAAGUAUUGUUUGCCGAAGGCAGUCACGGCGGCGGUGCACAUAUUAUUGGCCAACGACACGAUACCGAUUCGGCGUACAAGUCGUUCAGCAUCGGCGGUAUACUGGGCGCUGGCCGCGAGUCCCGACAGGUAACACUGAUGAAUGCCAAACGUCGGAUAAAGACCGUCUGCGACCAGCUUCGGCUGAACGACCAUUUCAUUGAAAUGUCGUUCAACUUCUAUAAGAUGGCACUGAAUCGCCGACUAACACACGGCCGCAAACACAUACACGUAAUAGCGGCCUGUAUUUACAUUACCUGCCGAUCGGAAGGUACGCCACAUAUGUUGCUUGAUUUGAGUGAUGUAUCGCAAGUCAAUGUCUAUGAGUUGGGCCGAACCUAUCUGAAACUGACCGCCGCUUUGUGUAUAACUAUUCCGGCCAUCGAUCCGAGUCUAUAUAUCAUCAGAUUUGCCCAACACUUGUCUAUAGGCGAGAAAAGUAACGCCGAUGUCGAGAAAAUGAGAAACAAUAUCAUAUCGACGGCCAAUCGAUUGGUUCAGCGAAUGAAGAGAGAUUGGAUGCAUUACGGCCGCCGACCGUCGGGUCUGUGCGGUGCUGCCAUACUGGUCGCUGCCCGACUAAACGAAGUACAUUGCAGUAUCAAAGACAUCAUUAAAGUGGUAAAAGUAUGCGAGACAACCAUCCGGAAACGGUUGUGCGAGUUCAGCGAUACGCCGACCAGUAAUCUGACUUUAGACGAAUUUAUGACCAUCGACUUGGAGGGCGAAGAAGAUCCGCCCUGUUUUAAGGCCAGUAAACGUAAACAAAAGUUGACGGCACAGCUCGAUAAUGAACAACAACUGGAAGAGAUUCAGUCGAAGAUUACUCAUUUGCAGAAACUUAUCGAAAAAGAUUUGGAAAAGUCAAGAAAAAAGCUAAGAACUCCGUACUCCAAGUAUCUGCAGACUAGUGAGAGUAUAGAUAAUAACGAUGGGUCGCCGUCGACACCAUCGACGCCGGCGGCGGCGGCAGCAGCUGUCGAAGAGUCGACAGUUGUCGAACAGUUCAUAUUGGACGACACGUUUCAGACGAUUAAGAAGGUUCUCGGCGGAGGCGGCGAUACUGACGAUGAAGACGAUACCAACAGCAACAACAACAGCUACGACAAGUAUAUGGAGAGUAUUAAGAGUUUGAGGCCGACGGCCGCCAGUUUAGGUAUAGUGUCUGUUGUUAGUGACAGAGAUAUCGGUGGUGGCGUCGGGAUUAAGAUUGACAGAGAAAAUAAUACUAAUAAUAAUGAUGACGACGACGACGACGAUAGUGAACAAGUGAAAGAAAUGGUAACCGAAGAACUGGAUCUGACCGGUAUCGAUGACAGCGAAUUGGAUGCCUAUUUGUUGUCCGCCGACGAGAUUAAUGCCAAAACAGAUGUCUGGACACGAGUUCAUAGAGACUAUCUGGAAGAACAGCGAGUGAAAGAGGAACUAAAGAUGAAAGAAGACGAGGAAAGAAAACGAAAGGAGGCUUCCGGCGAAAUGCAACCGAAAAAGAAGAGAAAGACUAGGAAAAGGACUCAAAUACAGGCCAAUAGUGCGUCGGAAGCGAUCGAAAAGAUGUUGUUGGAGAAGAAGAUAUCGAAUAAAAUCAAUUACGAAGUAUUGAAAAAUCUGAAUCCGACGUUUGGUGGACAACAACAACAACAGCAGCAGCAGAUGGUUAGUCCGUUUAAAGUACCACUGGAACCACUGGUUAAAUAUGAUGUCAAUAGUGGUGGUAGUGGUGGUGUCGACUAUGGCGACGAACAAAAGCCUACACAACAACAACAACUACAACAUAAUAGUCCGCUCAAGAGGUUGACAACACUGAAGAAUAGUGCCAAUACAUCAUUACUUAAUCUGAAAGCACCGCUUUUUAAUAAAUUAAAACUAAAAUCAAUUGAUCCAAAUUCAACUACAACUACUACUACCAAAGCUGACGAUCAUAACAACGCUGAUGAUGACAAACAUAUCACCAAAACGAUUGAUACACUUAUCAAUGGUAAAGAUAAUAAUAAUAAGGAAUACCUUGAAGGAGGAGAAGACGUCGUAUUGUUAGCUAAAUCACAAAAACCAGUCACAGAUAAUAUUAUAGAAGAAGAAGAAGAAGAGGAGGAGGAAGAGGAAGAAGACGAUGACGACGACGAGGAUGAAGUGGUUAAGACAAACAGUGAUGGUCUUAGUAUUCGAGAGCUGAUGGCAAUGGGUUCGCACGAUAAUGAUGUCAACGAUGACAAUGAUUAUGACAACGAUUACGAUGACGAAGAUUAUUGAUUGAUUGAUUGACUAAAUAAUUAUAUAUAUAUUUUGAAAAUUAU